AUGACGCAGUUCGCAGUGUACAAAGGACGCCAGCCACCCGGAAGUAGAUACAACGAAGAAAUCAAGAAACGAGGAGAGGUUGAAGAAGUGAAGUUGGGCGAAGCAGCAGAAGCAGAAGAAGAAGAAGAGACGUCAAAAGAUAAGUGUGGUCUGUGCCGUGUUUGGGUCAGCUUAUUUCGACUCCACCACAAAAAAUGGCAGCGAAGAAGAAAAGACGGCGGCGAGGAGGACCAAAAGACAGAGAGAGAGAGAGAGAGCAAGGGAAGAAGAUGA